AUGGGACUGGAUGGCAUGGAAGUAAUUGCCAUCGUGGUUGUUGUUGCACUGUUUUAUGUCGUGCUCAAACAGUUUGGGAUCUGGGAGCCGCUGUCACUGGAAGAGAGCACCGACGGUGACCUUGAGCUCUCCAUGGUGCGUUACCAACCGGAGGGUCUUGAUCAGCUGCAAGCCCAGACUAAGUUCACCAGGAAGGAGCUGCAGUCGCUUUACAGAGGAUUCAAAAAUGAGUGUCCCAGCGGACUCGUGGAUGAAGAAACAUUCAAGACCAUUUACUCACAGUUCUUCCCUCAAGGAGAUGCGACCACAUAUGCACAUUUCUUGUUUCAAGCUUUUGACAUGGACAGAAGUGGCUCCAUCCGCUUUGAAGACUUUGUGAUAGGAUUGUCUGUGUUGCUCAGAGGCUCCGUCACAGAGAAACUGCGAUGGGCGUUUAAUCUAUACGACAUCAAUAAGGACGGCUACGUCACUAAGGAGGAGAUGUUGGCAAUAAUGACGUCGAUUUAUGACAUGAUGGGCAGGUACACUUUACCCAGUGUACGAGACGAUUCCCCCUUUGACCACGUGGAGAAAUUCUUCCAGAAAAUGGAUCGUAACAGAGACGGUGUGGUGACAAUAGAUGAAUUCAUAGAAACCUGCCAAAAGGAUGAAAGUAUAAUGGCUUCAAUGCAGCUCUUUGAAAACGUCAUCUAG